GGCGCUCGCCUGUGCCGAGCUGUGAGAGCGGAGGGGUGUGGCCGGGGCGGAGGCAGGGGCAGAACCCAUUGCCGAAGCUCCACGCGUGGCUGCUUGUGGUUCGCGACGCUGCCGGGCUCUGCUUCUCCCACGUUAGCAGUUUCACAGAAACCUUCUGUGGAGUCACAGCUCCGGAAGGGCUUCUUUUCGGUCACCAGACCUUCGUUGGAGGACUUCCCGACCCAGUGGUGCCCCCCACCGAUGCCUGUGGUCUCAGGCUAGCAAACCUGGGAAGGAGGAGGAGGCGAAGGGGCACUUUUUAAAUCUUAAAGUUCUCCACAGUCUCCCGACUCUUAUGGUUAUAACUUUGUUGAAUCUCUGGAGAGUGUUCGAUGCUAGCCAGUUCUGGAAUCUGCGCUCUGCGUUGGUGAGGAUUCGGAGCCGAAGAUCUUUUUUUGUGCUGGAAGCUGCAGUUUGUGUUUACACUUCCCAAAGAGGCUCAAAUGCAGUUUCUCACCCAGCUCCAGGACAGCCCUCAACGAAGGUCCCUCAUGAGUGAGAAAUGGGACUCCAACUCUUCAGAAAACUGGUCUCACUUCUGGACCAUCAAUGACACAAAGCAUGAUCUGCACUCAGAUAUUAAUAUCACCUAUGUGGACUACUAUCUUCAUCAGCCUCAAGUGACAGCAAUCUUCAUUAUUUCUUACUUUCUGAUUUUCUUCCUGUGCAUGGUGGGAAAUGCAGCAGUUUGUUUUAUUGUCAUAAGGAACAAAGAAAUGCACACAGUCACCAAUCUCUUCAUCUUGAACCUGGCAAUAAGUGAUUUAUUUGUUGGCAUAUUCUGUAUGCCCGUUACACUACUGGACAGUAUUAUAGCAGGAUGGCCAUUUGGAAGCACAAUGUGCAAGAUCAGUGGAUUGGUCCAGGGAAUAUCAGUUGCAGCUUCAGUAUUUACUUUAAUUGCAAUUGCGGUGGAUAGGUUCCGAUGUGUUGUCUACCCUUUUAAACCAAAGUUCACUAUCAAGACAGCAUCUGUCAUUAUUGCGAUCAUCUGGGUCCUGGCCAUCACCAUCAUGUCUCCAUCUGCAAUAAUGUUACAUGUAAAAGAAGAAAGAUAUUACCGAGUGAAACUCAACUCCAAUAACAAAACCAGCCCAGUCUACUGGUGCCGCGAAGACUGGCCAAAUCAGGAAAUGAGGAAGAUCUACACCACUGUGCUGUUUGCCAACAUCUACCUGGCCCCCCUGUCCCUCAUUGUCAUCAUGUAUGGAAGAAUUGGGAUUUCACUGUUCAAGACUGCAGUGCCCCACCCUGGUAAUCAGAACCAGGAGCAGUGGCACGCGGUGUCCAAGAAGAAGCAGAAGGUCAUUAAGAUGCUCCUGAUCGUAGCCCUGCUUUUCAUUCUCUCCUGGCUACCCCUGUGGACUCUGAUGAUGCUCUCAGAUUAUGCCGACCUUUCUCCAAAUGAACUUCAGGUUAUCAAUAUUUACAUCUACCCCUUUGCACACUGGCUGGCAUUUUGCAACAGCAGUGUCAACCCAAUCAUUUAUGGUUUCUUCAAUGAGAAUUUCCGCCGUGGUUUUCAAGAUGCUUUUCAGCUCCAGUUCUGCCAAGGAAGAGCAAAAGCCAAAGAAGCGUACUUCCUAAGAGCUAAAAACAAUGUAGUCAUAAACAUAUCUAACCAGCUAGCCCGGGAACCUACAUUUCAAAACCCUCACGGAGAAAAUCUGCUUUAUAGGAAAAGCGCUGGAAAACCCAAACAGGAGUUAAUGAUGGAAGAACUGGAAGAAGAAACAAAUAGCAAUGAGAUUAAAAAAGAGCUAGUGUGAUUAUUCUAACUCUAUUCUGUGUUAUAUAUUAAAAUAUUGUUGCUUUCUGUGGCUUCGUACUUCAAUUCUUUCUAUGAAUGUUGUAAAACAAACAUUACUGAAAGCCCUCUUUGGCAAAAACAAACAACAAAACAUAAACAAAAAUUAUCUUAAGAUCAUAAUCAUUCUAUGGUGUAUAAAAUAUGUACAGUGAUUCAUAUACAAGUUUUCCUGAAUAAAU